GUAAUAGCUUGAGCCUCGUGUUGGCGUAACCUUGCAAUUUCAAUGAACGAUACUGAGGUUUGUUAUUGGCAACAGAAAAAUGGCGACCUCGAGUGCCUUAGUCACGAUCGAGCGGCUUCUAGAUGGGAAAACUACCUUGAAAACACAAAGAGCAUCUCACUCUAAUAUUAUAUGUGUUGGGACUGAACUUUUGAAUCAUGUGCAGGCCAUAAUGAGAGAAGACAAAGAAAAAGCAGUCCAAGAAGCUGUGGCAGAGGUUGAAAAGAGAGCUGCUGUUAAACUAAGAAGUGAAAUAGAGCUGGUAACAGAUAUACUCACUAAGGAAAAGAAAAGGGAAUUAAGAGCACUAAAGAAGGAUCACAAAAAAGAAAUUGCCGAUGUCUUGGUGAAGUGCAAGCUGGAGGAAGAUGCACGUGCUCAAGAGGCUUACGAUCGUUACCAAUCAGAGAAAGAGGCUGCUAUCAGAGAAACUUUGGAAAGGGAACAGAAACUGAGAGACGAAUUCGUUGCGAAGGAAAUUAAAAGAAUUAUGGAAAUAUUAAAAGAAGAAGCUAGACAAGAGAGAGAGCGUGAACUUCUACUGCAGAAAAAACUAUUAAAGGAAGAAGCAGAUAAAGAAAAAGAACUAGCCAUCUCAGAAACUAGAAAGACUUGCGAAAAUGAGAAGAAGUCAGCUCUUGAUGCCAUGAGAACAGAAUACAACUUAAAAAUAGAUGACUUAGAGAAAAGCAUCAAAUAUGUUACUGAAAUGUUGGAAAUAGAGAAAAAACGGAAAGAGGACUUACAUGAAAUGUUCUUGGAACUGAAAGAAGAUUACAAAAGGUUCCAAAAUUAUACUGGAAAGUUCCACUCCGACUAUCUACUUUCAUAAUUUUUCUUAAUCAUUUAGAUAAUAUUUUUUUGAUAAAGGGUUCUAUAAACGCUAAUUCCAAAGGGAGUGAUGUCGAUAUAUUCUGUAAAUAUUUACAAUCAAUGAGCAUUCUCGUAAAAUCUGCUUUGCAGUUAGAUGCAUAAUAUGGUUGUGGAGAAGUAAUUUAUUAUAUAAAAUGAAUCUCAAAGUCAUUUUUUGUUGCAUAUGUUAUAUUUUGCUUCGUCCUAGUAUUUUUUAACAGUCUUACGCAGAAAGAAAAGUUCUGAUAUGCAAUAAGCCAGCAGAGCUUCUGAGGAGUGAGGGGCAAAUUUCAAAUGAGCAAUUUAAAACGACUCGUUCCUAGGUAGUCAUGCAUCCAAAAGUCAGCCCUUUUUGUAGUACUCAACCUCUAAGCACAUAUUGAUCUAUUUCGCAAAUUUUCCUUUCCGGCCAUCAAAAGCGAUGUUACUGUAAACUUCCCCUCAUCUUAAAAAUGAUGAUAUUUUAGUGUGGAAUUAGUUUGGUAGAAUCAGAAUAUCAAAAGGCUACAAAUUACAUGAAUUAUAUUGAGUUGCAAAGUAAGUGUCUAGCAUAAUGCGCAUUUUUGUCCAACGAACCUAAGCUCAAGAUUUGUACUCGUUUCUUAUUUUUUUGUUGAACUCAGAACUUAGAUUUUAAAAGUUUCAAUUAAAAUAACAAUUGAAAUCAUCCUCAAUCUUUUUUGGACCUUUUUUGAAUUAAAAUAAACAAAGUGGUAACCUAAAUUCCUUGAAAUAGACCACGAAAUGUCAAAUAUUCGGCGUAAAACUGUUAACUCUGAGACAAAAAUUGCUCUAGUCUCUACCAAAUGUCUACCCUGGGUACCAGAGUCUCCACUAUUUAGUCUCGGAGAUAAAGUUCGAAACUUGUCACAUAAAACAUUUUAGAGCAUCCACUUAUUCUUUGCCACCGCAGUUGUCUUAAAUACCUUAUCCCCGGAUUUAUGAGACUCUGGAACCCUGGAACCCAUGAUACAAAAUGUCUUGCAACACUAAGACCCAUUUUCAAGGUCGAAGU